AUAUUUCUUAGAAAAAUAACUAAUAAAAAGCAGAUGGAAAAGCUGGUGGAUCUGAUGACACAAAAUCCAGAUAUUGCACGGGGAAAGUUUCCAUUUGGGUAUAACAAAAUGCAGCUUAAAGACAAAUGGGAUAAUUUUACGGAGCUAUUAAAUGCCUUGGGACCACCGAUUAGAAGCACUAAAGAAUGGCAAAGAGUGUGGACUCACUACAAAGCCAACUUAAAAAGAAAAUUAGCUGCAAAUAAAAAAAACUUUCAAGCUACAGGUGGUGGUCCGUCCACAGAAGUAAGUUUGAGUCCACUAGAACAAAGCACUGUGGAACUUGUCUCAAUGCAAUCGCAAGUCAACCCAAAUGGAUCUGCAAUGGGAUUGGACAUUCAAGAAGAUUCCGAUGAGGUGGAAUCAAUAUUUGUACCUUUGGAAGCUUCAACGCUUCCUGAGCAGCAUAGUCCGGAAAGAGAACUGCCAAAAAGUCGCAAGCGGUCAAAAAAUAAGAUGAAGGAAGAUCGCUUGGAAAUACUAAAAAACAAGCUACAAAUCAGGAGGAAAUCUUGCGGACAUUGAAACGCAUGGAAAAGAAUUCAUACAAAAACUA